CCAACUGGACGUGGAGUGUGCAACAAAGGGGUCACUGUCCUAAUAAUUUCCACAUUGUAUUAUUUUGACAUUUCUCUGUCUGGAGAAAUAAGUAAUCUUUUGCAACUAUUAUUUUGGCGUCUUGGGCAUUAUAUCUGCAUUCAAAGGUCUCAUCCGCCAUGGGUAGGAACACAACGUGCACAGCCACUCUGGUGUGGGGAUCUAUUUGACAACUCAAAUUCCUCAUGAAUGCAUUCUUAUUGGGCGAAGAGUGUUUGGUGUCGGAGGAGCCGACCUGCGGGGAGGAUGGCUAGCUGACCAAACAUACAUUGAUUAGCGUCUAGUCAUCGGUUCUCAUACAAUGGGUGGCCUGUCCAAGUAGCUGAUGCCAUACCAGAUAUGGACACAAGACCAAGGGGAUCUGUCACACAUCAGAGACACUGACAGAAGAGGAAAGGUGUACAUGAUCUCCUGGUGCGAGAUGUAACAGGAUGCUGAACCAUCACUGCAGAAGGAACCCUGAACUUCAAGAGGAGCUGCAGAUCCAAGCUGCAGUGGCAGCAGGGGAUGUCUACACCGUCCGCAAGAUGCUGGAACAGGGUUAUUCACCCAAAAUUCGGGAUGCCAAUGGCUGGACCCUGCUCCACUUCUCUGCAGCGAAAGGGAAGGAGAGAUGUGUUCGGGUCUUCCUGGAGCACGGAGCUGACCCCACGGUGAAGGACUUCAUCGGGGGCUUCACGGCGCUGCACUACGCGGCCAUGCACGGACGAGCGCGCAUCGCCCGCCUCAUGCUGGAGUCGGAGCACCGCGGCGACAUCAUCAACGCCAAGAGCAAUGACGGCUGGACGCCGCUGCACGUGGCGGCGCACUACGGCCGCGACUCGUUCGUGCGGCUGCUGCUGGAGUUCCACGCCGAGGUGGACCCGCUGAGCGACAAGGGCACCACGCCGCUGCAGCUGGCCAUCAUCCGCGAGCGCUCCAGCUGCGUGCGCAUCCUGCUGGACCACAGCGCCAACAUCGACAUCCAGAACGGCUUUCUGCUGCGCUACGCCGUCAUCAAGGGCAACCACUCGUACUGCCGCAUGUUCCUGCAGCGCGGCGCCGACACCAACCUGGGACGCCUGGAGGAUGGCCAGACGCCACUGCACCUGUCAGCGCUGCGUGACGACGUGCUCUGCGCCCAGAUGCUCUACGCCUACGGCGCUGACACCAACACGCGCAACUACGAGGGACAGACGCCAGUGGCCGUGUCGGUCAGCAUGUCGGGCAUCAGCCGGCCCUGCCUGGACUUUCUGCAGGAAGUUACCAGACAACCCAGGACUUUGCAGGACAUGUGCAGAAUCAAAAUCCGACAGUGUAUAGGCCUGCAGAGCCUGAAGUUCCUGGAGGAUUUACCUAUCGCUAAGGUCAUGAAAGACUACUUAAAACACAAGUUCGACAACGUCUGAUGGCAGCCAAAACACUUAAUGACAUAGCGUUGGAGCAUUUCUUCUGCUUAAGACUAUGCAAACUGUUAUCCUUUCUACUCGUGAACUCUGAAAACAGGUGCACAGUUUUUAUACAAAAUGAGAUGAAUGCACAUUUCUAUUUAGCUAUAUGAUUAUAAAAUCAAUGAAAAGUCAGUGAAGAAGUGGCUAAGCCCAGUUGCUGCGAUGGUGUGGAUAUUUAUCUGGAUAAGUAUCGUUAUUGACCACUGAAACUAAUCAGUAUCCUAAAUGAAAUUUGUACAGGAGUGCAAUCAACAAAAUUCUGUUCCUCAAGUAGAUAGGCAGGUGGUUAAUUUUGUGUCAUUUCAUAAUCACCAAAGCAUAAGUGUAGUUUGUCUGAAUUUCAGUCAUCUGAAUCAAGUGACCAUAGACCAGAGGUUCUCCUGCUCCCAGUCUCAGGAGGUUAGUGCCCUAUCAGCAGGGGCUUUCGCUCUUACUCAACACUAGACAUUAUUAAUAAGGUACCAAGAGCUUUAUUAUUGAUGCAGAAUGGAAUUACUUUAGAAACCUGGACUUAGAUCAUUCUAUAGAGCUCCUUGCUGCUUUGGCGUUAAAUAAAAACAUGAAAGAUAAUCUUUGGAAGGGGGAGGGGGGUGUCUGUGAGUGUGAGUGAGUUUGGAGUUUUAAAAAAGGAAGAAGAAAAAAAGACACAUUGAAGCUUGGUAUAGAAAAGCCUCCGUUUCUGUCACAAAUCAUCACCGCUCAUACGCCUCAGCCAUGGAUCAGUGAUUCAGGACACUCGUUUGUGGGAGAGAGAGCGCGAACUCCCACACUUCCCAAGUAUGUGCAUCUCUUUACACACAGUUCUGGUGCUUUGUCUUGAUAUAAUUUCUGAGAUGGGGCUAUCGCAUUGUUUUAAGUUUGGCUUGAGCGCUCAUUUGUCCUUAAACAGCAAGCGCCAAAUCAGCGUUUUGUAGAAAGCAGACAUCAACAUCAUUGUUUAACUUUUAAUUUUAAAAAAGCAGCAUCUUGGCAUAGCGAGUGCUUGUUGUUGAAAGUGGCCAAAUGCAAUCUCAAACAAACACAUGUUUAACAGAUCUCUCAGUUGUUUAUCCAUGUCUAGAAUCAUUAACAAAGAAAAUGUAAAUAAUUGUCGCAUAUGUACAGCAAAUAUUUUUCUAGAAUUAUUUAAACAAACUCAAUUUCAAAAGUGUGUUUUGAAAGUCUCAUGCUUUUUUGUCUUGUGUGGCUCAUGUAUAAUUGCUCUUUCUUUUUAUGUGAUUGUUUGAAGUCUUUAAAGUUAGACAUUGGAAUUAAGACCAUUUUCAAAACUGCGAUGUAAUAUUAUAUUGUCUUGGGGUUGUUUUCCACACACUAAAAAAGUAUAUAGGAUAUCCUUAAUAUAUGUUUUCAGAAAUUCUUGUUUGCAUUGUCAAAAUUGAACAGUGAAUUGAUACUUUCUAUUGGAACGAUUUAUUAAUAGAUUCUUUAAUUGCAUUUUCCUCUCCAUAAGAUAUUGAUUUUGUUGAGUAUUUUAGCUGAGUCUUUGGCAUCUUUUGUGGUGUUAUGGGUAGUUUACUCUUUGCCCCCUCAGGCAAAACCCUCUCAUGGGACAAGAGAAGCAGUCGCUCAUAUUUCGAUGGUGUUCAUAGACUGCGACGGUGCACAGAGAGUGUCCACUCUCUCUCAAGAACAAAGUCUCAUUUUGAUUUGCUCCCACAUGCUGUUGGUAACCCAAACUAAAUGCAGUCAUGACUUCACAGGUCAAACCCCUUUCGGGCCUUUUCUCACCCCACAUUCACAGUCUGUCCUCCGCUCAGAAUGGCUACUCGUUGCUGAGUUACAGGCUGCGUUGUGGGGCGAAGUGCCGCGUGUGCGUCUCAACCUCAGUAUUCGGCUCGUCUGUCUGCCUUUUGAUUUUUAAGACGAAGAGAAAGAAAAAAAAUGUGCGAGACACUGGUGACUUGAGUGGGCUCUCCGCAUCUCUCUCAGAGACACGUUCGUCUCCACAAGUACUUUAACCACCAGCUGCCUUUGCCAUUGUUGUCGCAUGAAGCGUAGGAUUACAGUGAAAUACAGACUUACAGAAUGUCACAAGGAGGGAGUGUUCAUUUGUCUUACUGCGUUUUUUUUUUUUUAUUAAAGUUUAGGCAGUCCUGUGGGUCUAUUUGAAUACUGCAGCAUUUUGUAAGCUUUUGUAUGAGGUGUGUGUGUGUGUGUGUGCGUGUGUGUGUGCGCGAGCGAGAGUAUUGUGUAGAUAUGGAUGUGUUUUGCAUUUAUUUUGUGUGCAAGAGCGGUCACGGGGAAUGUGUGUUGCUGUUGUAAUGUUUGGCACUGCAGAGUUUGGAGGACCUAAGAUGGCUCAUUUGUUGUCAGGGAACCUAAGAGCUAAGUCGGAAAAGUCAAUGAAAUAAUCCCGCGUCUUCCAUGCCAUCAACUACUGAAUGUACAUAAUAUGCUGUUUGCGGAAUUGUUCAUGUAAAAAAAUGUGUGAAUAAAAAAAAGCCUGGCAUAA